ACAUGAUCGACGGUCACAUGAUGUUUGUGAGCCGCUCCUGGAAACAUUUUCCUGAAACAUUCAUCAACGGGAAAUAAAAGAGCAGAGAUGCAGAGAUCCUGCAAUGAGGAUGAUCAGUGACACACACCAUCACUGCAGUUACUGAGGAUCCGGUGUGUCUGUGUGUCAUCUGAUGAAGAUGAUGAUGGACAGACAGGAGGAGGAACAGCAGGACACAGAGUGUAGUGUGACCGAAGACAUUGUGUGUGUGGAUGAACAGACUGUCCAGCGACUGACAGAUGGAUUCUUGUCUCACUACCUGCCAGAGCUGGACACAUCUAAACAGGCCCUGCAGGAGCUCACACAAAAUCAAGUGAUCUUGCUUGAUACUCUGGAGCAGGAAGUCACGAAAUUCCGCGACUGCAACGCCAUGAUUGAUCUGAACGCGCUGUUCACAGAGGCCAAAGUUUAUCACAGCAAACUGGUGAAUAUUCGCAAGGAAAUGAUCGUUCUGCACGACAAGACCAGCAGACUGAAGAAGCGAGCGCUGAAGCUGCAGCAGCACAAACAGAAGGAGGAGCUGGAGAGAGAACAGCAGAGAGAGAGAGAGAUGGAGAGGGAGAGACGGCUGACCGCUAAACCGGCCAAACGCACCGACAACUGAACACACACACACACACACACACACACAGAAAUGGAGAGAGAGAGAUUGCUAAACACACACGCAGACAUACAGAACUAGAGAGAGAUCACCAAAUGCAAACGUCUGAACACACAUCCACACCCAUAUGCAGGUGAUUUUAUCAGGAUUAAACACACAGCUGCAUCUCAUAUUUGGCUCUUAUCAUAAAUCAUCAUCUGUGCGUUCUUCUCCAAAUAAAUAAAUCUGAUAAUAAUAAUAAUAAACCUGUAAUAAAAGUGUUUGUCGUAAC